UCCAUAAACUCUCUCCGCUCUUCCCCAUUUCCUCAGGUCCAGUUUCUCUCUCUACAGUGUUCCUUCACACUCUAGAAGCCUAAAUCCGCGCUUUGAAGGAUUGCGGAACAAUCAACCGGUUCGAAUAUCGUGUGCUUGUUUUUCAUCAGCAAUGAUAGAAGAUGUCUAGAUACGGAUCGGAUAUACUUGCAUAUAGAAACAGAGACUCGUGUUAAUCUCCGGCUUCGGAGGAGCAAUGGAGUACGAUUCUCUGUCUCCGCCGCCGUUUCACAGCCAAGCUUCCAGCGGCUCGUUCGAUUUAAGCUCGCUCUACAAUGCUAUCACGAUUCCUCCGAAUUCGCCGCCUCUCCACGGAGAUUCUUCAGGUGGUGGAGAAAUUCCGUUUCCCUCGCGCAUUCCUCACUCUCAGCUCCUUCUCGAUCAGCAGUACCACCAGGAUCUCGUGGCCCGCCACAGCGCUGUGCUCGCUCACCUCCGAGAGGUGGCGAAACAAGCCCAAGCGCUCCGGCAGGAGAACGUCAAUCUGAAGAUGGCGAACCUCGAAUUGAACAGCCGCCUAACUUCACUGCUCAACGCGUCGUCCGAUUACGCUGCUAGGUCGGGAGCUCCGUGCAAAUACGCAAUUAGGAGGAGGAGCGUCCCUGUUGGAGGAAAUGCUUCAACCGGCGAGGGACAACCGUGGGAGGAAUUGAGCGCGGAGCCGUCCGGAGACUGUCACGAGAGCCCAACCAGCGUGAUGGAUUCGGGUGGGAUUGAGAGAAAAGAUGUGCACCGGGUCCUACUUCCCAAGAGUAUCUCUGUUCGCUCUAGUGGCUAUACGAAGACGGCUCCAGCAGGUACAAGCAGGGCUGAUCAGAGUCGAUCCAAAACCCCCCAGUUGGCGCAAAGAGUGUAUCUGAAGGGUGGGGAGAAGGAAGAGCAGCCAGUGGAGUUGGAAGUGUACAACCAGGGCAUGUUCAAGACAGAGCUAUGCAACAAAUGGCAAGAAACAGGAGCGUGCCCCUAUGGUGACAACUGCCAGUUUGCACACGGUCUGGAGGAGCUCCGCCCAGUCCUCCGUCACCCACGCUACAAGACAGAGAUUUGCCGAAUGGUGUUCAACGGUGACAGUUGCCCAUACGGCCACCGCUGCCACUUCCGCCACUCCCUCACUGACCAGGAGAAACUCUUCAGGUCACUCAUCAUCAACUCCAGGUCGUCUCUCAUCAAUCCUCUCCUCAACUAAUUUUUUCCAGUCCACUCAUAUGUUUGAAACUAAUAUCACCAGACAUUGAUAAUAGCACCAAUUAUAAUGAUAAUAAUAGCAACAAAACAACAAUAAUCCUUAGAGAUGUAGAAGCAUUAUAUUGGUCAGAGGUUUUUAAAUAAAGUGGAAAGCGAUAUGAUGUUAGGUUACAUAAAAAGGUAAGAUGAUUACUUAUAAGUGCCCUAGCCCCAAGAGAAACAGUUUGUGACUCUGUUUACAGAUAGCAACAUAAAAUGGUAUAUGUAAGCAUGUUUAGUUUGAAGAUAUAUGAUGUGUGGUUUGCUGGAUUAUGGUUUAUGGAGCCGUGG